CGCAUGACUCGGGUCUCACAAAUCGUGGCCAUGUCCUGUAUCUGAAAACUCAUUGUAACAGAUAGAAACUUCACUCUUUCUCCAUUGGAUGCGAAUGAUAUGUGUGACGCGGACAAGGAACGAUGCAAUAUCAUAUGAGCAACGCGGUCAACGCAAAUCCACGUUUAAACCUCUUGGUUGAAGAACCAAGAACACUGGUUGAAUCCGUGCGGAAAUCAAAACAUAAUCCUCGAAAUGGAAUUCGCGAAAGAAGGUUCUUACAGCGGAAUUUAAAGAAUGAAGGUCUCUGUAUUGGUUUCCUUGUUGAUAUGGCUAGACGUAACGAUGAUGAUGCAAAGCAAGGUGCUUAUCUUUGUCAUCUCAUUCUCUGCACAAGGCCGGUCGAGGUAUUGAUGCAAGGCGAUGACGACGACAUGGAAAUGUUACACAGUCGUUGCGAGGGUGCGCACGGCCUGGAUCAAUGCAUUUCGAAAUGCUCGGAUUAUGAACUAGCUGGAAUGAAUGCUCAAUGCAGUUAGUGGAAAUUGCUUGGAAAGUUCACUAAAUCAAAUUCUGCUUGAGGUUAGUGAUUUGGUUAAUUGUAACUUCGGACGUAGUGAACAAUUUCCGUUGAACUGGUUUAUUGGGUUUUUUCAUGGCUUUGGCUUAGUGUUGGUUCUGUUUCUUGACAUGAUAGGGAGAUGAUAAUAUUGUACUAUCACGGAAAUAGACCAACUGUGGCUUUGAUUGACUAAUUCCUACUGGGAAAGGUUCUAGAGAAUACGUCAAUAUGUAAAGCACCUCAAGUGUUAUCGAUUCACCUUUAUUAAGUGGAGUUAACAAGUUUAUAGCGAAAAACUUAGUUCCAUUUGGUCCAUCAAGAGGAACAUAAGUCUUCUUCUUUGGCUUGCUCCAGUUCUUGUAAAACCAAUGUUUGAUAUACUCACUGAGAUGCUGAGCCCAAACAGCAUUCAGUGUGCGAAGGUCGCGUGGUGUCUUCACAUAUCCCACCACUCCAACAAGAUUCACACGUCUCUUUCUUAUGAAGCUUGGAUUUUGUCGUGGAGCUACUUGGAAUGCACCGCUAUCGAAACCAUGUGCCAUGAAGCAAAUGACUUUGGAUAUGAAAUUGAAUUGUAAUUGUGUUGUGAAAUUUUAAUGGGAAUGUUUGUAAUAUUUGGUUUAUGAA